AUGCGUCGUCGUUGGAGAUGGAACGGUCGGAAAAGACGUGCAUGCUCAUCUCCUACACAACCGACAGCUUUCCUGUACAAUAUGUUCCAACAGUGUUAGUUUCAUCAGAAUUGAAAAAUUAAAAAAAUUGAGGCUCAAAAAAGAUUAUAAAAAUGGCGCACUUUGAGAACUGAAAAAUUAGUCCUGAUUUCUAUGGUUUUCGUUGAUUUUUCUGAAUAAUGUUCUGGUUUGUCGGCUAGAAGAAGGAAUAAUGGCUUUUCAACAAUAUUUAAAGCCAUUUAUGGGUUUUUGGCGAAAUUAACGGGAAAAAUUGAAAAAAAUUGCAAUUUUUUGGCGGCUAGUAUAUUCGUUUUGGAACAAUUUUCUUGGUCCAAAAAAAGCCCAUUUCAAAUUUUAUCGAUUUUCUUGUAUGAAUUGAAAAAAAGAAUAAAAAUGUUAUGGUUUCUAAAUGAAUUUUCAAAAUCAGAGAAUUUUUGACUGAGCUAAAAAAAGAAGCGGCGUUCUCACUCGAUUUUUCCUUUUUUUGAUAAAUUCGAGGCAUAAAACUAACUUUUUUGGAAGAAAGGUUUUCGUUCACCCAGCUUGAAAUCCCAGAAAAUUUUGAAAUACUGAAAGUUUGUUCUAUGAUUUGCAGAUUUGAUAACUACUCGACGCAGCUGUCUGUGGACGGGAAGUGUGGUGAACCUCGGUCUUUGGGAUACUGCUGGACAGGAGGACUACGACCGUCUCCGGCCGCUGUCCUACCCACAGACCGACGUCUUCAUUCUCUGUUUCUCGGUCGUUGCGCCUGUUUCGUACGACAAUGUGGCCACCAAAUGGGUGCCUGAAAUUCGGCAACACUGCCCAGAAGCUCCGAUCAUCUUAGUCGGUUCGUUUUUUUUAGUUUUUGAAGUUUCAUACAAAUUCAGUCCUUCUGAAAAGAAGGAUCAAAGUUAAGAAAAGUUCAAAAAAAUGACAAAAACGGACAAAAAGUGAGACAUGAAUAUUAUAGUUUAAUUUAACCGUUUGAAACGGCUUACGAGACUCAAAGAUGAUGAUAAAUCAAUUUUAGAGCCAUUAUCAUUUUUUUACUUUGAAUGAUUAUAGCCGCAAAAAAAUCAAUAUAAAAAAAUACAAAAAUACUUUUUUUAUAUAGAAAAGCUUUGGAAAAAAAGUGUGCAACGGUUUUUUUCUGCAUUUUCACAGGGAUAUAUUGUGUACUUUCCUUGAUGCGCACGCCUUUUUGCAGACCUGGGGUUACGAUUAGCAAUAUUUUUACGAUUUUCAACUGCAUAUUAACGAAAUUCCUAACAUUUUUUUUUUCAGGAACGAAAAUCGAUCUGCGAGAUAACCCAGAGGCUAUACGCUCUUUACAGGUGACUUUUUUAGAACUUUUUUCGAUGGAAAAAAAAGUUGAUGAGUCAAGGAAAACCUUCGAAAAACCUGGAAAAAGUUCUUACAAGUAAUUCAUCCCUUAAAAUUACAGGCAGAAGGUCGGGCUUCAAUCAGCAAGUCUCAAGGACAAAAAAUGGCAACUCGGGUGAGAGCGAUAAAGUAUCACGAAUGCUCGGCUUUGACUCAACAAGGCCUGUCUCAGGUAAAAUUCCACUUCCAGAGUUUCUGAAACAGUAAUGAGAAAUAUAUUUUUGCAGGUGUUCGAAGAAGCGAUGCGUGCGGUGAUUGCACCGAAACCAGUGAAAAAGAAGAAAAUGUGCACGCUCAUGUAAAUCCACUCCAAGCUGACUAUCAAACGCUUUUCUCAUUAUCACUGCCUUGUAAUUAUUUUCAUCUUUGGUUCUUGUUUCCAAUUUAAAGAACUUUAUAAUCAAUUGUGUCAUUUUAAAACUUCUGAAAAGCCUUGCUUGGUCAAAAAUGUCACUCAAUCUAUACACAACCCUCAAUUUCAAGUCUUCUAAGGGUUCUCUUUUUACGCUUUGGUGCUUAAAAUCAGUUGGAGGCCUCCUCUUUCUUGCUUCGUUUUUAUGGUAUUUGCUGUAUUUUAUCUGAUGCUGGGCAUUUAUGUAUCUUAUAAUUCGAAUUGAUUGUUUUACUACAUUUAUUUAUAUUUAUAGUUCUCUUUUUCUAAUAAGUUUCAGUUAAUUAUUCAAAGAAAUAUAUUUUAAGAUAAUCAAAAAUCCUUCCAAAAAAAUGUUUUUUUCCGAUAAGUUUUGCAACCAAUGUAUUUGAAACUGGUUCAUUUUUCUCCGGCCUUUUUAUGAAUUCGCCAUUUUUUUCCACCGGGAUGCCAAUAUUGAAACCUAACUUUUUUUGGUUGAAAAAUUUUUCUUUUUAAUAAGCAAAUAAUCAAAAAAAGAAUUGCCUUUGUUCGCUUUUUCACAAUAUAUAUUUCAUGCCACUUCAAGUGAUCUAAUAUUGCUGAGAAAUAAAUUGUUUGUUCCUUCCCAGGUAUGAUCGAGACAUGGGAAUAAUGCAAAAGAAAUUUUAUGUCGAAAUUUUUGGAAAAAGAAAAAAAUUUAAAAAGCAUUGAAAGAAUCGAUCUUCGAUACAUUCAAAUCGCGCCUAUCUGCCGUGAAACUGAGUCAUUUUCAUAAACAUUUUUCUUGUGAGCGCAAAUCUCGGAGAAAUUUUGUCAUUUUUUUCUAUAUUCAAUGUAUUCUGAACCAGGUCAUCGAUUUUCUUCAUAACCAGCUGCCAAUCACAAGCUGGUAAGAGUUUUUUUUUUCAAAAUAAUCAUAAGAAUACUUGAUUUUGCUCGGAAUUUUACUAUUUCAAGAAGCGUCUAUGAAAAGACAAAAAUUUUAAUGAAAAUCAUUCGAAUAAGCUCAUUUUCGGAUUGGAAUUUUUUUAGAGCACUUUGUAUGUAAAAAUUUUUUUCUGGAAAAAUUGCGGACAGAGCCCUUUUGUAGAUUCAAUUUGUUCGUCGAGAAGUCUUAGACAACAUUUUACAAAAAAAUUUCAGUAAAAGGCAAAAAAAUAACUGGGAAGUCUAUGAUUUAAACCAGUCUACAGUACUGGACCUGAAGGUAUUCCAAAAUGGUUUUACGAGCAUAACUUCUCUGAAAAAUGUUGAAAUUUCUUGAAACUUUGCACAAAUUUCAAAUAGCCAUGCAGUUUUUUUGUUUUCAAAAACAAAAUACAUUUGCUUGAACCAUAUCAGACUUGUAAGCAAAAAAACUGAAAAAUCGAGAAAAAUAAAAAAAUUUUUUUCUGUUGAAAUUUGAAAAAAAUCAUAUUAUCUGAAAAAAAGUUCCAUAUUUGAUCCAAAAACUUUUUCUAUUAGAAUAAGUCUUCGGGUUUUCAAAAAAACCUAAUCAGCACUUCAUCAAUUCGAUAGUGAAAGCGCAAUAAUUUUUUCUUUGAACGGCCUUUGCUUUUUAAAGGCCUUGUCUUCCAAAAUGGACACUACAUGAUUUUGUUUGAGGGCUUCAUUUUUUUCAUGUCCAAAUGGAACAACUUGAAGUAAAAAAAUCAAACAGUUUUAGACACUGCGAAAAUUUUUUUCUACUAUAAAAUAUAAGCAGAAUGGGAGAUUUUGAAACUUUCAACCUUAGCGGUCCUAGCGUUUUACACAGACCCACGAAAAAGUCUGGAUCAGCCAAAAAUCACUUUUCAUAACCUCCAAAGUCAGGGAAAGUAGACUAUUUACUGUUCGAAACGUCGAGUGGCCAGGCUCAUUAUCAUCUUCUUUUACUCCUCGAAUUGAAAUUGAAGUUCAGAACGUAAAAAAAAUUUGCAAUGAUUUCAGUGGAAUCCUCUCUGGCGGUUCGACGAUAGUUCGGGUGAGAGUUAUCGGGAGCGCCGGAAGCGGGAAGACCAGUCUUCUUUCGGCCGUCAUUUUGAAUACCUUCAAUGAGCAGUACUCGCCGACCCUGUAAGUCCAAGAAAAUGCUUCUACACAUUUAAAACAGUGUCUCAGUUUCGACAACUUCAACAUUUCGAUCCGCUUGAAAGGAGGGCAUUGUGUCAAUCUCAGCUUCUGGGAUACUGCUGGACAGGUGAAGAGAAUAGUUAUAGUAAAUUCAGAACACUAUUUAUUGCCAAGAGGAUAAAUUAGCUGAAGGAAUAUCAUUCUCAGGUAAAAUUUGAAAAGCUUCUCCUUUCGGAUCCUCGGAAGGCGCUUGGAACCUUUCCAGGAAGUGGUCGAACGUCUUCCACGACGUUUCUCAACACUUUCUGCUUAGAAAAAAAGCCUGUCGGAAGCCUUCCAGAGACAUUACAACAGGCCUUUUCCAUUUUUACCUUUCAACUACUUUCCAAACGCCUCCCGAAGGCUCUUUACAUCCGCAAUCUCUUUUAAUAGGUUCAAGGUAAAGAAACUAUAGCAUAAAAUAACUCGAAUAAUCCUUUGAACUAAUUUUAUUGAUAAGCCGAAAAUUCAUAAGGCUUUUCAAAGUGCUUUGCUAAUUUUGACUCUUUAUUUCAAAACAAACUAACAGAAAAAUCUCGAUAAAAUGCGACUGCGCAACUACAAAGAAGUCGACCUCGUUGUCAUCUGCUACUCGACGGUUGACAAGGAAAGCGCCAAUGAGCUGAAGAGCCGCUGGGUUCGAGAAACUCGUCGUGCCAGCGGUAAAGUCCCGAUUAUCAUACUGGGUCAGUGAAGAGAAGAUUUGCAAUAACCUUAAAGCCGCUUCAGGGACAAAAACCGAUUUACGCGAGAGCAUGAAGGGACGUGGUUCUGUAACGGUUAGUAUUUUUUUCUGAUAAUUUAUCAUUUAUUAUGUUUUUAUUUCAAGUGUUUCUUUGGUUAAAAUUAUUGAAUGGCUUUGAAAAAUUCAGAAAUCGGCCGUAUACCUGUAAUUUUGUCAGGUCACGAUUAUAAUUCACAUAGAAAUGGUUUUGACAAGCAAGGUCAUUUUAUUUGGUUUUGGAACUUUCCUGAAAAUUGGUCAGAAUGUAACGGAUGAAGAUUCUGAAGUCUCAAACUCCACAACUUCCUAUUUUUGAGUGAGGACGCCUCAAGGUCGUAGAAAACCCUUGAAGAUCGUUAAAAUAGGCUGUUUUUGGGCUUUGAGCCCAUAUGGCUCAGAAACUGGGAAGUUGUGCAGGUUGCGGCGUUUAGAAACUUCUUGUAGUACAGCUGGGGGUUUUCUGGCCAAUUUUUAAGGAAUCCCUAUCCUCAAAGUAAAAUUACCUUUCCUGUGAGGCUGACUACGAGUCACAGAUCUUUUUGAACAAAAUUAAUAUUUUUUGAGAUUUAAAUCUCAAUCUCAAUUCCAGCAAACGAUGAACUACAUGCAAGGGUUGACACUGGCUCGGUCGCUCAAAGCGACGGCUUUCUUCGAAUGUUCUGCUCUCACUCAGAGAGGCCUUCAUGAGGUUUUAUCAUGUAAUAAUAUUUGUAAAAUGCUUCAUUCAGGCUUUUUAUCAAAUCGCGCAAAUCGGCUACGAUCAUCUUAACGGGAAAACCGUGAAACUUGCUUGA